AAAAACUUUCCUCUUUGGGAGAUCUUAACCCAAAUCUGUGCAAUGGCUGCUGAGAGGCCUCCCAACAAGCUGCUCACUCUGCUCUUUGUGCUGCGCCCAGGACAAGUCCUGCUUGGCAUGAAGAAGAGGGGAUUUGGCAAGGGACGGUGGAAUGGAUUUGGUGGCAAGGUGCACCAGGGGGAGAGCAUUGAAAAGGCUGCAAUAAGGGAGACGAGCGAGGAGUGUGGUCUGACCGUAUCUGGGCUGGACAAGGUGGGAGUGAUACUGUUUGAGUUUGUGGGGGAGGCUCAGCUGAUGGAGGUGCAUGUGUUCAGGACUGAGACCUUCACCGGUGACCCAGUGGAGACAGAAGAGAUGCGGCCGCAGUGGUUUGCCCACACUGAGAUCCCCUAUGGUUCCAUGUGGCCCGACGAUUACCUAUGGUAUCCCAAGAUGCUUAACAAUAAGUAUUUCGAUGCAUGGAUGAAAUUCCAAGGGCAUGACAUUGUUUUGGACUAUUCCAUAACGCCCCGUCCCUCGACGAACUUAAAUAUUUGAAAUCUUGAACUCUUUUUCCCUGUAUUCAUUAUCCACGUUUUUGUUGCAUUUAUAGUGUUUGUUUAAUCAGCAUUUAUAGUGUUUGUUUAAUCAA